AUGUCUGAUAAUGGCACUAAUUUCUUGGGAGCUAGUAAGUCAUUGCUCAAGGAAUAUUCCUUAUUCCUCAAAACUACUUCGAAAGAUAUUACGGAAAAAUAUGCCAUUCACGGAUUUGAGUGGAAGUUUAUUCCACCCAGCGCUCCGCAUAUGGGAGGUUUAUGGGAGGCUGGAGUUAAAAGUUUUAAACUUCACUUUAGGAAAGUUGCUGGCUCACAGAAGUUUAAUUUUGAAGAGUUUUCCACUCUUUUAGCAAGAAUUGAAAGCGUCCUCAACUCAAGACCAAUUUCACCGAUCUCUGAAGAUCCUGAUGAGCUACAGGCCUUUACUCCAGGUCAUUUCCUCCGUGGGGCCCCGUUGAUAUUCGCACCUGAAUUACCAUCUGAUCAAUUAUCUUUGAUUAAUCGCUGGGAACGAUUAAAGGCUCUCCAUCACAAGUUUAGUCAAAGAUGGAAAACAGAGUACCUUCACGAACUCCAUAAGAGGUACAAAUGGCUGAAUCCACAACGUGAUCUACAGACUGGUGAUUUCGUCAUCGUAAAGGAUGAGCUUCUUCCUCCAUGCGAUUGGAGGUUAGGACGAAUAGAAGCCGUACAUGCCGGUCGGGACAAACGUGUACGAGUGGCUGACAGCAACGGCGAUAGCAACAACGGCAGCAACCACGCCAACCAUUGA